ACAACAUAAUACACUUCCGUUUCGAACAUGGCCAAAUUAUUACGUCUUGAUCCUUGACUAUAUUGGUUGUCCACAUCCCAUCAGAGUACGAAUCCAUCUGCCCUCCUUUACUAUUAAUCUUCUGUUUACAAUAGCUUGUAAUUUAGGAAUACGGACAGCGGUGGGGAGUGACUGCCAAAGCAGUACUUGUCGUAAAAGUUAGCUAACGUUGGCGUGAGCAAAGCAGCUACAGGGAUGGCGGAGGUUCCUGGGACGUCAAGUGAGACGAUAACGGAGACUGUACAAACCAGCACACCGCCACCGCCCCAACAGGAGGGCCGGAGCCUGACAAUCAAGCUGAGGAAGAGGAAGACAGAGAAGAAGGUGGAGUGGUCGAGUGACACAGUUGACAAUGAGCACCUGGGGAGGAGGUCUUCAAAAUGCUGCUGUAUUUACGAGAAGCCCCGACAGUUUGGUGAGUCGUCCUCGGAAAGCGAGGGAGAUGAUGACGAUGAAGGUUGCGGCAGCGCACACUGUAUCCUGGGCCACGGUCGGAGGGAUCACAGACAGAGGGGCGGCGGGGGAGCCACGGUGCCCCCGGACUCUGGAAGGUCUCAUACUCACUAGAGAGCUCUGCAAGGAGGGUGUGGUGGUGUGGCAAGGUUUUUAGGGAAAUAAAAAGGGUUCCUCGUCACUGCAGUAGCACAAACCAACAGUCUUUAAGUUAAGAUCCAUUACAAAGGAAGAAAGAUGUGAUUCUGCUUACCGCGCAUGUAACCUGAAUUUGCUCACAUGUUUUCCACAUACUUAAAUCAUAAAAAAGUUUUCUAUCUCAACCUAUUGAAAAUGCAACAGGAGUUCCAGUUUGGAGGGACUUAAAAGCAAUAGCCAUGGAGAUCAGUAUUGGCAUUAAGAGAAGGCAGAAUGUCGUUUUGUAUUAAAGGACAAAUGCAUUUUUCUUUUGACGUCGUAUCAUACACACAUCAGAUGGGUCUGUUUUUUGCACAGCUCUUUAUUAAAGAAGUCUCAAAGCUAAA